AAAAGAUUGGACUGAUGUCAGGACAGGCUCCAGCCAAUUGGAAAUGUCAAGGGGAGCUCCAAUUUGUUGUCCUUCUUUUCCUCAUCCUCUCCUCUUUACCUAUCACACUGAGUGUCCCAUCUUCACCAUCCCUCUGAACUCCAGUCCCCUCUGCCUCCCUUUUCUGUGCUCCCAGCCUGCUCCCUCUCACUCCACAGAUGGGUGCAGCUGUAUGUCAGGAUGGAGAUCUGGAUUUCCGACUCAUUUUUGGUGAGGAAGACUCUGAAUGUCUUUCACCGAGGAAUGCCCUGCACACAAACGAUAUUGAAGCUGAAGAACAAUCUAUAUGCCAUGAAGUUAAUGCCGACACUACACUGUCCCUAAAUACCUCAAGUAACUGUAUAACUGGGGGUACAGGUGAAAGAAUGGGAUGUUUAACCAGAGCUGGCAUGCACUCUCCUCCGCCUAGAAGAGCUUCAGAGAAUGACUUAAAUGGGACAUUUCUCAGCCAACCUUCCCGUUUCAUUCCUCUAGGGGGUUCACGCUUUAUAGAGUGUCCUAGUAUACGUAUUACUAGUGACUCCCCUGGAAACAGUGAUGGGGAACCAGAGGACCAAGGAAGGAAUGACCUCUGGGAUGAAAGGCCACAACGUGAUCAGCUCUUCCUCCCUCCAGACCCAUUCGGUUAUCGGGAUUCUUUCCUAAGCCCAAGCCCAGCAAGCAGCCAUUCCUCCUGGAGCUUUCUGUCUUCCGAGGCAUCUUCUUGUGACUCACUAGGGCAAAUGUGUGAGGAGGUUGAAAGAGAACUUAAUGAAGCUGCAUCUCGAUUCACCCUAGCCUCUCCCUUGGGCUCUCCUAGGGGCUCCCCAAAGCCUUGGGGAAGUAUCAAUGAUGAUUUGUGGCCUGCAAAUACAAUUUCAGGUCUUUCUUCCUCUCCCCGUGAAGAGUUGCUGUCACCUUACCCACAAGGCCAAGUGUCUCGACCUACUUCUCCCUGCGGCAAGAGGCGUUACUCAAACUCCAAUGAAGAGGGGAACCAUCAAGUUAGCUCUCCUUCCCCAGCACCAUCACGUCGAGGAAGUUUGGGAGAUGAUAAUCUAACAUCAGAAAGAGCAGCCUCCCCAAAACCUAGCGAACACAAUCAACAACCUACAACAACACCUUCUGUGGAGAGGGGAGACAACAUUCCACAAAAGGCUAGAAGGACAUCAGCAGAACAAACGGUUGCACCUGUUAGGAAUGAGGAGUCCUCAAGUCCUGGGAAAUCAUUUGUCUGUGGACCCUCUGGGGUACUGGGUGAAGAAAACUCUGGAAUGUUCACUCACAGCAGAAAGGAGAAUGUAGGAAUGGAUUAUUUAGCUGUACCUUCAGCAUUGGCCUGGUCGAAAGCCAGGGUUGGAGGGCAGAGUCCUAUAUUCAGGUCUUCUUCACUUCCACCUCUGGACUGGCCUCUACCCUCCCAAUUUGAGGGACUGGAGCUAAGGAUAGAGGUGCAGCCAAGGACACAUCAUAGAGCUCACUAUGAGACUGAAGGAAGCCGGGGGGCAGUGAAGGCUUCACCAGGAGGUCAUCCUGUGGUAAAGCUUGUCGGCUAUAAUGAGAAGCCACUCACCUUACAGAUGUUUAUUGGGACAGCAGAUGAGCGCAACCUCAGACCCCAUGCAUUUUACCAGGUUCACAGAAUCACAGGAAAGAUGGUGGCCACGCCAAGUUAUGAGGCACUAGUAGGAAGCACCAAAGUUCUGGAGAUGUCUUUACUCCCGGAGAACAAUAUGUGUGCUAAUAUAGACUGUGCUGGGAUCUUAAAGCUUCGGAAUUCAGACAUUGAGCUCAGGAAGGGUGAGACAGAUAUUGGCCGUAAAAACACACGGGUUCGACUUGUGUUCCGAGUUCACGUCCCACAGGGAGCUGGCAAAGGCAUCUCACUGCAAGUGGCAUCUAUACCAAUUGAGUGCUCCCAGCGCUCAGCUCAGGAGCUCCCUCAGGUGGAGAAUUACACUCUCAGCGCAUGCUCCGUAAAUGGGAGAGAGGAAUUGCUGCUGUGUGGACAUAACUUCCUUUCUGACUCGAAGGUGAUUUUCCUUGAAAAAGGCCCAGAUGGGAAACUGCAAUGGGAGGAAGAAGCAAAAGUCAACAGACUAAAAAGCAAUGAGUCAAUGUUGUCCGUGCAAGUACCUGAAUACUGUAAUAAGGAGAUAACACGACCCCUGCAGGUCUAUUUCUACAUAUCCAAUGGACGCAGAAAAAGAAGUCCAAUGCAAAGCUUUCGUUACCUGCCCAUUAUAUUUAAGGAGGAGCCUAUCCAGGACCUGGGUUUGCAGAGGUUCUCAUCUGUUCCUCUCCCUCCUGCAUGCCAUAUUCCGUUAGAUGUGGGCCAGAUGGAGCUAAGCACAUCCUAUGUGCCCCCAUUACCAUCCAGCUUGUGUGACACCCCCAUGGAGGUGUCUCCUUAUUACACAACAUCACACUCUGAACGCGGAUAUCCGAGUGGUCCUGACUGCAGCGUGGGCAGCAAUUCUUUCUUGGGGUGCUACUUUAGUCCAGCAUUGCCUCCUGAGUUGAAAUGUCCACCAUCUUACACUGAGAAUGAAAGUGAUGUGUCACUGGCUUUACCCUUCCAAUCAAACACAAACCCUCAGCUGCCUCCUAGCCCUGUUCCUUGGUCCCCACAACCAUGUUCAUCCCAUUCUGCGCCACCAUCUCCAUUUGGGGGUCCAUUACUUCCGCACCUAACAUUACCCAGCAAGCUGGACGAAAGAGGUGUAGGAUCUCACCAGAGCUACCAACCUUCCCCAAUGCUGACAAAUUUAGAGUUAGAUGUGAGUGCACAUCAAUUUACACAAGGGUAUCAGCCAUUCUCAACCUGUGCUCCCCCAUCCUACACUACCCUAAGUAAUGGUGAGAGGUUAGAAAAACUUCAACCAGAGCAUACUGCAACCUCUCCAGAAGUGAUCAGAAUGGAGCACUCCACACACCACUUAAGCUCAAAAACAGAAACCGGAAUAGUUGCACAACCAAUAUUCUCUGCUUCUACCACUUUGUCGCACUCAAAAGAAGAUGGAGUAGCCCAAACAUUGCCUUCCUACCAAAACUUGUCUUCCUGUAGUUCUGCUACCCUUAAUUCCCUGUGCCCCUCAUCCACCCCUUCUCCCUUUUCCUCACCAUCAUCCCCAUGUUUCUCUACUGCUCCAAAUCAAAGUAUAGAUGGGCCUCCAGAUGUCACCCAUGGUCUGUCAUCAAAUCAGAAUGAGGACGAUGCCUGUUACAGAUCCUCCAGAGUGGAAUACUCCAAGUCUGCUGACAAUGAGGGACAGGAUGCGGUGAAGGAUGGCGGACAACAUUUUGAAAGCCCUUUCCAUCCCAUUCCAAUCCAGGGGAUUACACUAGAAGAAGUAAGUGAAUUCAUCGGUCAAGACCUUAGCAGAUUUCCAGAUGAACAGGAGGAAAAUUAAAGCAAGAUUUAUAGCAUGGACUGGGGACUGAGUUUGACUGAAUAUCCUACCAGUGUUAAAGGGAUGUUCUGUGUUAAAAUUGGACAAAUCAGUGAUCCCCGCUGAGAUGAACGUGCUGGACAUUUUUGUUUUAAUAGUAACAAUAGCUACAAGGUUGGCUAUUCUGUCUUGUAAAUCAUCUUAAAACCUACGGUAUCUUCUCCCCUCUUGUAGCCAUUUCCUACUCAUACAAAAAUCACCCCAAAUUUCAAUUUCACCCCCUUUGGAUU